AUGUAUGGCGGAGCCACGCUUUUAAUGGGUUCUUCCCUCUCAGGAAAUCAAACCCUAAUUUCAAAAAAUGGCACGUUUGCAUUGGGAUUUUUCAAUCCAAGGGCAACGAAUAAUUGGUAUAUUGGCAUCUGGUAUACCACAAUCCCUCAGAAGGCCAUUGUAUGGGUGGCUAACAGAGACAAUCCUGUCAGAAAUAUGCCCGGCGUUCUCAAAUUUUCGAGAGGCGGUCAGCUCACAUUGUUUGAUAGAAUGGGCUGUUCCGUUUGGUCGACUGAUAAUGGCCAGAAAGGAUCAGGGGCUGUGAUAACGGACUCUGGUAAUUUCAUUGUGCUGGACGCCCACAACGAGUCUGCGAUUGUUUGGGAGAGUUUCGCGCAUCCGACAGAUACAUUGUUGCCUGACGCGAAGCUGUGGAAAGGAAUGACACUAACUUCCUGGAAGAGUUCUUCAGAUCCUGCAAGUGGGCUCUACUCUUUCCGAAUGGACACGUCUCUAGGAAAGACGGAGUUGAUGAUGUUGUUUAACAAUACCGUUCCAUACUGGUCCAGUGGAGAAUGUAUUGGACACAAUUAUUUUACUAACGUUCCAGAAUUGGAAGGUCAGAAGAAAGUUCAAACGUCGUGUGUGAGGCUUUCUCCUUCAAGAAUAUACAUUUAUUUUGGCCUAAAUCCCGUAGAUCAUAUGAUCACGGGGCGGUUCGUGUUAAAUGAGAACGGCGAUUUUGAACUUUUCUUCGGGAUGGAUGAUGGUAGAUGGAGUCUGAGGUGGUCGACUAUAAGAUCUGCGGGGCCUAUGGACUGUGCAAUACGAAUGAUGUGUAUAGUUGUGUCCAGGGCUUCACACCCAAGCACGACUCUCAAGGUUGGUGGUCAACUGGGUGUGCUCGGCGAAAACCCCUUCAAUGCUCUGUCACGGAGGGCACAACCGACAGCUUCUUGGAAGCCACGAACCAAUACUUGCCUGAAAAAAAAGCUGUCUUAA